UCAACUCCUACAGUAUAGUUUUUAAACCUGAUCAGUGAGCCAGACCACCGGUGAACAUGUCUGUGAAGAUCCUCUCCAUCACUCUCCUCCUGCUCUCACUGUGUGUGAGCUGCCACUCCUCUGAAGAUUCAGCUGGUCGUGGAAAAAGACGUCCGUGCUGCGUUGACGUCACCAACAUGGAUAAGAGCGCCGAGGUGGUGGGGGAAACAUAUCGUGAGCAGGCUGCAAGACCACCCUGUGUGGAGGCUGUAAUUUUCAACACAAAAACAGGACAGCUUUGUGCUGAUCCAAACGCUCAGUGGGUCAAGGAUCUCACCGCCAAAAUGACGAAGGUGUGAGGCAUAAAGUCUGUGGUGAAGCAUCGCUGCCUGUCUGCUACAUCAGUGUUUUCUUUAGCCUCACCUUUAAAGUCUCAUUCAUACCAGAGUGCUUUCUUAUUGUAACUUUAUUAUGACCUUUUUCACAUUAGUAGAUUAGGAUUUUAACUCUUACCUGUAGAG